UCCCUCGGACGAUGGGCGCCCCGGGCAGGGCCCUCCUGGGGGCGUUGGGCUCCGCCACCGCCUCCUCCACGCUGGAGGCGGCGGCGGCGGCGGCGGUGGAGCCCGGGUGGCUGGCCUGGCCCGCCAACGGCUCCUUCGACUUCAACCAGAGCGCGCUGCCCUGGGGCCUGGGCCUGGGGGCGGGGCUUGGGCUGGGGGGGGGCGGGGCGGCGGCCGCCAUGGCGCCCGGCGGGCUGGACUCCAACAUCUCGCAGCCCCGGCCGUCGGCGGCGGCGGGGGUGGUGGCCGGGGCGGGGGGGCUGGCGGUGCGCACGGUGAUGGAGGAGAAGAACUGGCCGGCGCUGCUCAUCCUGGUGAUCAUCGCGCUGACGGUGGGCGGGAACAUCCUGGUCAUCCUGGCCGUGUCGCUGGAGAAGAAGCUGCAGAACGCCACCAACUUCUUCCUGCGCUCGCUGGCCGUGGCCGACAUGCUGGUGGGCAUCCUGGUCAUGCCCGUCUCCCUCAUCAACAUCCUCUACGACUACGCGUGGCCCCUGCCCGACUCGCUGUGCCCCAUCUGGAUCUACCUGGACGUGCUCUUCUCCACGGCCUCCAUCAUGCACCUGUGCGCCAUCUCGCUGGACCGCUACGUGGCCAUCCGCAACCCCAUCGAGCACAGCCGCUUCAACUCCCGCACCAAGGCCAUGCUCAAGAUCGCCGCCGUCUGGACCAUCUCCAUAGGUGUGUCCAUGCCCAUCCCGGUCAUCGGCCUCAACAACAAGGACAAGGUGUUUGUGAACGGCAGCUGUGUUAUGAACGAGGAGCGCUUCAUGCUGAUUGGCUCCUUUGUGGCCUUCUUCAUCCCAUUGGUGAUCAUGGUGGUGAGCUACUGCCUCACCAUACAGGUGCUCCAGAGGCAGGCCAGCGUCUUCCUGUAUGAAUCAAAGACUUCCUUCAACACCACGGCUCCGCCCACCUCACUACCGGACCCGCCCACCAAGUUCCACAUCCCCAAGAUCAACACCAUCGCCCCCCCAGACUGCAAAGAAGUACAGGCCACGCCCCCGCAGAGCCGACGCAACACGCUGAGCUGCCUGAAGGGGGUGGAGCCCGGCAUGCUGCUGAGGGCGUCGCCCACCGACAGCGUCAACAUCCUUCCUUGCUUCGAGGCGGCGUCGCAGCUCAGCUCGCCGGCCAUCGGGCCGGGGCGGGGAGACUCCACCGGUUGCCACGGGCGACGGGGGAUGAUGCAGGCCAUCAAGAACGAGAGGAGGGCUUCCAAGGUGCUGGGCAUCGUCUUCUUCCUCUUCCUCAUCAUGUGGUGCCCGUUCUUCAUCACCAACGUCACCUUCGUCCUGUGCCAGGGCUCCUGCAACGAGCCCCUGCUGGCGGAGCUGCUCAACGUCUUCGUGUGGGUGGGCUACAUCUCGUCGGGGGUCAACCCCCUGGUCUACACGCUCUUCAACAAGACGUACCGCCGCGCCUUCUCCAGCUACAUCCGCUGCCGCUACCAGACGGCCGCCAACGCCGCCGCCGGCACGGGCCCCAGCUCCAGGGGCCUGCUGGCGCCGUCGUGCUCCUCGCACGCCCCCACGCCCCUCCUGACCGGCGGAGGGGCGCGCUCGGGGGCGGGGCGCGGCAGCAACAGCUGGCGGAACGGCGGGGGGGCCCGGGGCAGCGUCGGGGGUCCGCGGGGGCUGACGGUGGACCCCGACGACCUGACGGACGACGGGAGGCGGGCGUCGGGGGAGAGCCAGGCGCUGGCGGCGUCGCCGGGGGGCGGGGCGUCGCCGGGGGGUGGGGCGUCGCCGGGGGCCGGGGCCCCGGCGCUAUCGGAGACGGAGACGGAGAUGGAGACGGAGCUGUCGGUGGCCAGCUACAGCCCCUCCUCCAGAGAACUCACCAGCAGCGUGUGAUUGGACGGACGGACGGACGGUCGACGCCCCGCCCCGCCCCGUGGAGAGGCGCCGUUUCCCGAUUAGCUCGGAGGACGGCGUUGUGGUUUCGCUGAACAUUUGUCCACGGGCGGAGAAGUGGGGACUUCUGGGUAAUGAGUAACGAGUAACGGGGAACGGGGAACGUCACCCGGAAACCGAAAGAGUCUCGCGAGGUCCUACAUUGCAGAGUGUGGAUUUGGUUGUCAUGGAAACAAUGGACGCCGGUACACCCACUGAGCACUCCUGUCGCAGAAGGGAAAGGAGGGAUGGAUUGAAAACUGUCCAAUGUCAGAGGACUUGGGGCUAUCUUCAGGCAUCCUUUCAGGAAGUACAGUAGACGUGUUCAAGGUCUACCGAAAACAAACCCAAAAAGAGAUGACAAAAUAUACAUGGGGCGGUAAACUUGGCAGGCCGUUCACGGUUUUAGCUAGCUCUGUAUUUGUGCCUAUUGGUGUUUGUACAAUUACGUAGAAACCUGAACCCAAAGUGUACGUAGGAAGUAGUGCAACGUGUAUUUCAAAGUGUUGCCGGAAAAGAUUGGGUUCAGACUUUGAAGUCGGAAGAGACUUUGUGACAUGGUAGACUUGUGUGACCUUCCACCUGAAUGUGAAGUGCAACCGUCUGAGAAGCUCAACAGACACUAGUUAUGGAGGCCAGUGUUGGCUCCCACUUCACCAACGGCUUUCACCGUCAACAAAGCAGUCUUCAUAAGUAUUGAACCAUCUCAACACCAAGCAAAACAAACCAAAUCUAUUUUUGUUCUGGCUGGUGCUUAACAAUAACAGCAUCAAAACGUCAGUGAAAUAUUUUCUGUGUGUUCUUCCGUUGGGAAACUUAAACGAAGAAUUUGGAUUUUCAUUGACUUUGUAGGCCUAUGUCUACGAGGGCGAGAAUGUACGGACCGUCGCUCUGUGACGGCGUCACAGUGACACCAUGUGGUCACUUGGAGGAGUUACAACCAGAGGGGUUUUCUCUCGUUGAAUAUGAAUGACGGGUGAUAUCCGCCGUUCCCUAGAUAGUAGAACUGUAAUACCAUGCUCGCUCCAAUAAAUACGACCAAUCAAAUGCUCUCUUUGGACAAUACACCAAAAUGGCCGCAGGUUCAAUUACCAACAAAGAAAUAAUGAUAACGAUAUGGAAAUAUAUCAUGUGAUUGACAUAGACAUGAGACGAGAUGAUCUAUUCAAUUAUGUAUGAUAAGAGAUGAUGUAUGAUAGUAUAUGUAUAUGAUGUAAGUUAUCAGAUAUAUGAUAUGAUAGGGAUGGGAUCAGUUGCAUUGUCACAGAGUAUGAUUGACCAUAACAGAAGCAGAAACACACUCCCAUCUGGUCAAUCCUGACAAAAGCAUAAACUAGAACCUCAUUAGCCCUCACUAGAGGGACAGGAAGUCGAUUCUACAGCCAGAGAGAUUUCCAUCGACGCGUCAAAGCUUUAACUGAAUGUACGUCUAACUGUCGCGAAGAUGAUUGACACCUACAACUGACCAAUCAGAUGGCCAGCCUGGUUCACCACCCUCCCCCUUCAUUAAUUGUGGAUUAAGAAUGAAACCAUGUGACUUCUGAAGCGGGAAUGCCUCUUCCGUUCAUUCUAAUUCUGUGGAUCUGUAUCUAUGUAUAGUGGUAGCUGCUGUUUGUGCACUACAAACUCACAGAGUGGUCGUCCCUGGCGACUACACUCCACUCCGAUUGGAGGGGUCUUAACGAGCUAAUAAAAGUUGUCUGGCCACUCUGAAGUACAAACUGGCUGUUGGCAUGAGAGGAAUGAAGAUAGAAAGCAUGAGAUACAAUGAUGGAAAGCGAGAGAGAAAACGAGAGCAAGGACAAAAUCAUGCAAAAUAAAUAAAGGAGAAAUGGCAAUAGAAAGAAAGACCAUUAUGUCAAAGAAAGACGAUUAAAUUCAGUGCAGCAUAAAAAUCAAACAACCUUUUCAGCUUCAAUAUCAACACUGUUUUGCCCGAUGUUGCAACUCUGUCCAAUAGAAAGACAUGAAUGACGGGAGAAUUCAAGAGAGUUGCGAGAGGGAGAGAGACAGUGAGCAGAGGGGAGAGAGGUCCAGGCCAGCCAACUCAAUGUAUUACCUGUAUGUUCAAUCUGUGUGUUUACCUGUGUGUUUACCAGCUCUGCACCAACUCCCUCAGCAAACUGACGCUCUGUUGUCUGCAAGCUCUAUUGAUCAGGUCUGGGACAACUGAGACAAAUGGACUGGUGAUUACUCUCCAAUCGCCUGCGAGCCAGACUAAAGCAAUCAAUCCCAGAUAGCGGUAGCCGUGAUGUGUGUGAGGGAUAAGUUGGCCUCAGGUUUGGUGUGUUGAAGUAUGAGCCGUUUGACGCUUUCAUCUGGACCAAUCACAAAACAUGUCUAUUUUGUUUCUGAAAAUAAAUAAAUGUUUGCCUAUACAUUGGACUGGAUGCUACCAAACAUUUACUUUGCCCACCUUUUAGCCUAAAGUCCAUAUGAAGAGAUGUUUUCAAUAAAAUGUAUUGGCAUUCUGACUUCAUCACAGUUCCCCAUUGACCUAAUGAAAACAAGACUCAAGAUGCAGUACGACCAUCCAUUGAUAAUAUUUUAUAACAAAUGUGUGUGUAACCUGUGUCAAUAAAUGGCUCUGAGAUUUCCCAUAGCUGCAGGUCCUCCCAAGAGACCAACCAGAACCAAUGAGCGGCUCUGGAAUGUUCUAAAAGGUUCUAGUCUAUAACCUCCAGUCUAGAAGGUACCAUCUACAGCUAUGACAUGAAUGAGGACCUUUCAAUUCUGGAAUCUGUAUAUUCUAGAACUUUUUGAUGGUUCCCAUCCUCGUAGAAUGUUUCUUUGCGUACUGGAUUUAUUUCCCAGUGGUGGUUUUCAUAACGGCUGGUCUCUGGUAGGACCCCCAGCGCUGGGAGGAGCUACAGCUUCUCUAUGUGUAUUCCUUAUUACUUUAUGCAAGCUUUCUUUUUUGUUAGGAUUUUUUUAAUUCUCAAGUUUAAAUUGUGAUUUUUUUUCUGUUGUCUUGGACACUUCUUUUUAAGUUUACACAAUGAUUACGUCGUCACCCAAACAUGUGGGUUCUAUUCUUUAAUUUUUGUUACAUUUUCUGUGUGGUGCUGCUCUUUUUAUUUAUUAAAAUAUAAUUAUACGGUG